AAAUUCUCAGUUGGUGGAGAUGGAAAAUCGAUUCAAGCGCCGAAUAUCUCGCAUAUUUCGGACCUCGUUUGGCUCCUGCCGGACCCGGAACGUCUCCGACGUCGCUAAAAAAGCUGUUUUCUCACUUAAAAACCACAAGUUCCGGUCGUUAAAGACGUCGUCGCCACCACCUAAGGGUCGGUCCUUACCUUCUUUUUGUAAACCCAGAUGCUCUUAUCAAUCAACCCAAGAAACUCUCCCACGGCGGCGUAAAGUCUCGGCCAAGGCUCCUCCUGCUUCGCCUAUACCGCAUUUGCAGCUCUUCUCCGACUGUAAAGACUUUGGUUUCUACGAGAAAAAGAAGAGCUCAGCCACAAACAAGAAGAAGAAGAAGAAGAAAAGAGUUCAUGUCAAACGCAAUAACACGCCGUUUAAUUCCAUGUUCUUCGGCUCAUCUUCUCACGAAAGUGUUCAUUACGGUGGCCGUGGCCGUGGGUGGUGGUGGUGGUUUAGCAGCGAAGACGAAGCCGAGACUCUUUUCUCUUCAAGGACUCUCUCACUCUCGUCAUCGGAUUCAUCAUCGGAGUGGCACCAACAUCGUGAUCACCGGAGAAGAGCUAAGAUCGGGAAUAAAGUAAAAGACAGCUUCGUGGUGGUGAAAAGUUCCGAUGAUCCCUACACUGAUUUCAGGGCAUCGAUGGUGGAGAUGAUCGUCGAGAGAGAGAUAUUCGAAGCUAAAGAACUGAAACAACUGUUGCAGUGUUUCUUGUCGUUAAACUCUCAUCACCAUCACAGGACAAUCGUCGAGGCUUUUACAGAGAUUUGUAAGACGCUGUUCUCUAACUGGUCUUAAAAUGCAGAACGACAAACAACUCGACAAGAACAAGAAGCAAACUGUUUCACUUUCUUUGUCUUCUGUUAUUAUUGCAUGUUCUUGAGAA